AUGCCGCACAUCGCAGCAAGCAACAUCGUUGACAUUCCCAUUCGCUUGUUACUCGCCCCGAAGGACGACUACGCCAGUGGCCUAGUCGAUUUUAAAGAAUUUGCGAUGAAGGACAGAAUGCUGGAGAGAAUUCUGUUGUCUUUGUCGCCGUCCUGGCUGGAGGAGUCCUCGUGA